GAGAGGUUGGAGUUGGACAAAAGCUGCCUCCGUCCCCCAAACAAACAAACAGAACCAGGCAGGUCCUCAAUGAGAAAUUCCAAUCAAACCGUCCGUCUCUCUCUCUCUUCAAACGACAUCACGAAAUUCGAGACGAGUAAAAAACAAAGAGGGCAAAAAAAAUUUAAAUAACAAAAAAUCUAGGGUUUGCUUAAUUUUCUCUCUCUUUCUCUUCGAUUUUCUUUCCCUCCAAACAGCCCCGGGAGCGCGGGUGGGGGCGAAAAAAUCAUUUUUUACAGCUCGGCUUUUUUUCGUUUUCAUUUUUAUUUUCCUGUUUUUGGUCCUUCGUUCCUCUUCAGAUCCUAAGUUUUCUCGGGAAAAAACUUUUUUCCGGGAGAAUUUGGCCUGCACCUCCUGCUCUCCGCGACUUUCAACGGUUUUUUGUUCUUCAAGCUCGUCCAAGGAGUUUUAUGUGUGGAUUGUUGAUCUGAGAGGGACGAUAGCUCGUAAUCGGAGUGCAGGAAGGGAGGGAAAAUUGUUGAAGUUCUUGGAUUCAUUGAGAGAGGAUUUGGGAGCUCCAGGAUAAGAUUUUUGAUAUUUAGAUGGUUGGUUUGUUCAAAUAGUCGAAUUUACGGUCGCUGAUCUUGAAUUGGUUGAAUUUUGGAUGCACGUUGCUCUAUGGAUUCAGAACCAUUUCCAUCCUCAAGGCCGACGGUGAAAUGUUGUAAUUGUGAAUGUAGUUGUUCGUUGGUGAGUGUUUCUUCAGGGGGGACUUGGCUUCGGUCUGUUAAGAGAAAGUAUGGCGAGUUUGAGGAUGGUAACCGUUUCUUUAUACCCGGGAUUGAACUUUAUUAUAAUGCACGAGUCCAAAUGGAGAACGAAUGUGUUGCACUACGCGAGACGCUCAGUAGCCAGCAGAACACGAUACAAGAUUUGUAUACUGAGCUGGACGAGGAGAGGAAUGCUUCAUCAUCCGCUGCCAAUGAGGCUAUGUCAAUGAUAUUGAGGUUGCAGGGGGAGAAGGCUGAAAUACAGAUGGAGGCCCGGCAAUUCAAGAGUUUCGUUGAGGAGAAGAUGGCACAUGACCAGCAGGAGCUUUUGGCACUGGAAGAUUUUCUGUAUAAGAGAGAACAGGCGAUUCAGGCACUCACGUGUGAAGUGCAGGCCUAUAAGCAUAGAAUGAUGAGUUAUGGGCUCACGGAGUCUGAGGCAGAAGGUGAGAAUGGUUCCUUUAGCCGUAUCCAGAGUGUGGGUGACUUUGAAGCCCAGUAUGAACUUCCAACAACGCCCACAUAUGAAUACCCACCUUUGAAAUGUAAAAUAAAUGAGACCCAAGGUGCGUUGGAGUGUGAUGAUGAUGCAGAUGUUGAGAAAUAUGCAUUUGGUGAGACCCCUCGUGGGAGAGAGCAUUUGAGAAAUUUGGAAAGCAGGCUCCAUCAGAUGGAGAGGAGUCCGAGUGGCAGUUCGAUGGGAGGGGAUUUUUCAGGUUCCAAGAACAUUUUUGAAAAGGUGGUGGUUGGCCAUUCUCCUCGGCGGUCAAGACAUUCCGGAAGACUUUCAAGUGACUCACCUAUGUAUACGGUUAAAGAAACUGGUCCAGAUUUUGCUGAAUCUCCUAGAUAUAACAGCAGCUUCAGGAAGGCAGACUAUGUCUCACAGUCUGAGGACUACCCAAAUACAAGAAAGUUUGAUAAUAUAUCAGAAGUUGGAGAUGACACGAGUGAUAGAAUUUAUACCAUUGACUCUGUUCAUAACGGAGCACCUUACAAUGGUUAUACAGAAGCCAAAUCUGGAGUAACUCCGAGGGGACUUACUGGGCCUGAUUUUGAGGAUCCUGAUGUCAUGAAGCUCUAUAUGAGGCUUCAGGCACUUGAGGCUGACAGGGAGUCAAUGAGGCAGGCAAUGCUUUCUAUGCGAACAGAUAAAGCUCAACUGGUAUUGCUUAAAGAAAUAGCUCAACAUUUGUGUAAAGAUAUGUCACCGGAGAAACAAAUGAUUGUGAAGAAGCCAUCUCCCGUUAGAAGCUUUUCUUUCAUUUCUGUUUUUAAGUGGAUCAUGUCCUUUGUUUUCUGGAGAAGGAGGGCACGCCGAAGCAAGCAUAUGUUUGGGCUAUCAGCCAAUGUGGGUUUGCUUAUGCUUCUAGACAAGGGUCCCCAUGUAAGGCAGUGGAGAUGUCUUACAAGUACACAAGUGUAAAACCAGUUAGCAAACAUCCGUCAUAUCCAUAUCGAAAGCUAUGCUCACAUGUGGACACACGUACCAAAGGGCAUUUUAAAUGACACUUCUACAAGUAGGUUCGGCAUUCUUUUCCUGGCUUGGUUGGUUGUGCUGCUGAAUUUGGGUUUAUGUGCAGAGUGUUGUUUUGAUUCAAUUUUUCUUUUCCUGGGGGUUUGAGUGUAAUUUUCUGGCUGACCGACGAACCAUGGCGAUGAUUUGAGCGUGCUUGCUCUCAUGUAUGGUUCCUUGGAAUUCAGCUCAAAGCUGUGUCAUUUGACAGUCCUCUCCUGUACAUUGCAGAUGAUUGUAUGAUUGAUUUCCAAUUCAAAAUAUGCAAAAGGCCAAUUCUUUCAGCCCUA